AUGAAUUCGGAGAGUGGGUCGGACGUAGAUGUGGAUAUGGAGGAUGUAACGAUCACCCGUCCGCCCGCCCCGAAAGCUGAUGAAAACGCUAUGGAGGAGGACACCCCCAUGGAGCUUUCGGUGUUGGCCGCUUCCACAAGAAUGACAGAACUCUCCUAUACUAUUUCUGACAUACAGACCCAGCUAUUUGAGAUUCAGGAGCUACGACAUGCCGAAGAAUCAAACAACUCGGGAGAGAACCAUCUCGCCAUCGAGCGUGCCAUGUCCGACCUAAAGGAAGCCGUGGCUCUGGUUGACAUUAACGAGCACGAGCCUGUGUUGAGAAAGCAUGCUGCAUUAUCAGCCGACUGGCAGGCAGUUCAUCAAGAAGUUUCUCGUCUACACAACGAGCUGCAGGAAGAUCAACUCUUGGUUAGAUUCCGUACUGCCGUUGAACAGGCUGCGGGCAUGAUGGACUCGUUGGAUAAGGCCGUGGAAGCUUGCCAGGAAUUCAUUUGGCGAAGAAGUGAAGCUUUGCGGGCACAGCACAACGAAACAGCAGAUAAGCCUGGAGAACUUUGGUCGCAUUUUGCAGAGACUGUCGAACAUUAUGAGCGGGUCAAGAAAUAUUAUUAUCAGUCUAGUACCCAGGCCAUGGCAUCGAUCGACAAGACGAUGGGCAGUCGGGACUUCAAGAAUGGGGAGGUUUUCCGCAGACACACCGAACUUUCUGCUCGUUGGAAAUCCAUUCGUGAACGUAUAGCACGAACAGAUCGUGAGAUCGAGCUGUUGAAGAAACCGCCAGAGCCGGAGCCCAGCGAAGUCCCAGUCAACAUCGAUGUCAACAUCAGAGUCGUUAUCGGUCUCAACACUGAGCCAGUCGAUAUCUCCCCUAAGGAAACUGGCAGCACGGGUCACCUCUGGAUUCAAGACUCCCAGCCGCAAGAAGGAGAAAGAAAAGGCCAAGACUGGACCGAGGCCUUCGUCCUUGAUGCCUCCGCCACGGGUGAUGUCACCAACCAACCCCAAGAUCUUUUCCCCCCAGCUAAUCGCCCAUCCGCACAAUCGAUCUUCUCCACACCAAAUCAUCUUUCGUCGAGUGCCAGUCUUGCUCUUAGAGGAGCAAACUCUGCCCCCGCCAAGCCCCGUUGGAACUCGUCGACAAAGGUUCAAGACGACACCUAUGCGAUCGCUAAGCCUGGCUCGCCUCGUACCGCAGGACACAUGCGGCAUGCAUCUGCCUCGGCGUCAGGGCGACAGUCAGCCAUGUCUGGCCGGCAAACUCCGUCCCGCUAUGCAGAUUAUGGCGUUUUCUCCACUCCGAGGGCCCCCAACCUUCCUUCAGGCUCCCGUCCACAAACACCUGGGAGUGGGCCCAGAAAACGACCCAUGUCACCUAGUAAUAUCCCUGCCCCGAUCGACGUCGAUAUCGGCCCACCUUCCAUACACAAGACGUUUGCAACACCUAUGAAUUUUCUAACUCCACCGAAAGCAAGGCGAGCCAGUCACUCCCGGAUUCCCGCUCCAGUUUUCCAUAAUAGUCGCCCGACGUCACCUUCGGCCUCGAGCACAUCCUACUUUCCAGAUGGAUCGACCAGCCCCAUGUCAACCCAGUUUGCCUCUGCUGUGGGCUCUCCAAUCGACUCUAAAGACCAUUCGCCUUUCCAAACUACAGGUCAGAGCGCCGCACGCCCAUCAACCCGGGUUCUGCGAGCUCCACCUUCAAGCUACCGAGGUUCUACCCCAAUGCCCACCUCGGCACGCCCAUCUUCACGUGGUAGUAUGACUGGCGAAAGCGCUGGUCGUCGCACAUCCCUGGACCGCAUUGCUGCGGCCACAGCUCAAAGUGGGGACUUGACCUAUGUUCCCAACCCCAAGGAUGCACUCGAUGUUGAAGUUGCACGCGUUGCCAAUUCGCUUGUGCACCCUUAUUUCAUUGAGCGAGUGAGCGACUUUGUCAAGGGCGCUCAGGGGCCCGACGCUUCUGCACAGUACUCUUUCACUUUGCCUACUAGCCGCAAAGUCAUGGUCUGCAAGCUUGUGAUUGUAGAGAAGAGCGCUGGGAGAAGCUCCUUGGACGGAACAGGCGUAGCCGGACAACAGCGCCGAGUGAUUUGCCGAGUUGGAGGUGGUUGGGAGAGUUUGAGUGCCUUUUUGGCUAGGAGUGUCUGA